AUGACGGCGAUCGCAAAGAGUACAGUGCUCGACGUCCCGCGAGAUCCAUUUCCCGCAGUCCUUCAGCCGACGGACGCGCGAAAAAUGGCCGAAAACAAUCCUCUGUACGAGAUGAAUCCCCCGUUGAAGAUCGGUGGAGAGACGAUAGAAGGUCACGCCCGAGGUAGAAAGGAUAUUGCAGUCAAUUCUCCCCCAAAACACCAGACAUUGACUGAAAUGGAUAACCUCCAUGCUAUUCAGAAACAGCUGGAGUUCUACUUCAGUGACGCUAACUUAUCGCGCGACGGUUUCUUCAAGUCGCAAGUGCAAAACAGUGCAGAUCGGUCCCUCAGCAUUGAGCUCUUGCUGAACUGCAAUCGCCUACGCCUGCUUGCACGCGUGCGCUCUUCUAAUAACUACGACGAGGUGAAGGACAAGUUCUACGAUCUUCAAACCUUCAUCGGCCGUGUGGAGGCUAACAAAUCGAUUAGAGUAGAGUUGCUAACUUGCUACGAUAUAGGUGGUUGCAACGGCAACGGACCGUUCCUGCUGUUGAAAUCUACAGAAAAGGAUUCCCUACUUACAACCUAA